AUGUCGAUUCAACCAAUCAUCACUUUCAAGGCCGGGCUCUGUGAACUCGAUUCCAGCACCUCGCCACCCCGAGUCAAGCCUCUGCCCACACCUGGAUACAUCUACCUCUAUGCUGAAGAUGAGCUUUUACACCUGUGUUGGCGGCCGCGGACUGCUCCAUUGGACAGCCCAGAGCUGGACCUACUGAUGCUACCGACCGACGGCACAUUUACUCCAUAUCAUCCUACGAGCGCAGAGAACCCCGAGAACCCUCGAAAGGCAACCAAUGGAAGGAUCUAUGUUCUCAAAUUCUCGUCCAGUUCACAACGACACCUCUUCUGGCUCCAAUCAAAGAGUCAACACCCGCAAGGCGAUCUUGCCUGGUUCAGUGCUCGGGAUCUCAAGCUGGGACAGAUUGUGAACAACUUAUUGCAGGGUGAAGAGGUGGAUGUUCAACAACAGAUGGCAGAACUACCUGAUGAUCAGCAUGAACCUGAUGAUGAUGACGAGCCGAUGGAAGACGUGGAGGGGACGGAUCACGACGUCAACAGACGACCAUCUCACAGCGGUCCAGGAGCUGGUCCGGACGCUACUGGCGGCGACUUCCGUGAGGAAGGAGAGGAAUCUAGGGAGGGUGGUGCAGACGGCGGAAGAGCAGCUGCUGCAAUGGAUGUAAACACUAUAAUCCAGAACUUCAUCCGAUCAACUGGUGGCAAUCCAAAUCAAAGCCAGCAGGCUGCUGCUCCAGACAGAGUAUUUACCACGCUCGCCGAACUGCUCACACCAGCAUCGACAAUACCAUGGAUUGACUCGGCCAGCGAAGAGCUUGUUGACCGCUUACUGCAAUAUCUUCCACCAGCCUUGGUGACUUUGGCGCAAGAAGCAGACGAUAUGGCAGCCUUGAAUACAGAUCACGCAUCAGUAGAAGCUGCUGAACAAGCUCUGAGUUUAAACCAGAAGAAAGAUAUUUUGCGGAGGGUUUUACGGUCACCUCAGUUUUCACAAAGCCUGGCCAGUCUCACCAUUGCAUUGAGGGAUGGUGGUCUGCCGAGUAUCAGUGAAGCACUCAAUAUUAACGUCCGCAAUGGUGGCUACAUGAGGCGAGGCGGUGUGCCCUUGGGUGGUGUCGAGGCUGUGGAAGUCUUUCUGCAAGGUGUGAAGGACGCCGUUCGAAAAGAAGGUGGUGCUGAAGAUCAAAUGGAUACAGAAUAG